CAGUCGGAAUUAUUUUAGUGAUGCACGCAAAGGACAGUAGUAAUCAAGGACUGGAGUGUUCAGGUCAGGUUCGCUUCUGUCAGGAGUGGAACAGAGUUAUGUAUGGCAGAGAGCUAAUAGUCCGCCAUGGUAGGGCGCCUACGAACAAUUAAUGGGCCCAUCAUGUCGAAAGAUGAACUUUUUAUGGAAUCGGCGGAACAAUGCAUCACCAAGGAAAGCAAAAGUAGAAGCCGAAUUGGUCUCCUCGUAACGGGGGUGGUCGGAAGCUCCCUUGUGGCUCUCUACGCGGUGGCUACUCCUUUUGUGGCCCCUGCCUUGAGGAAAAUCUGCCUUCCGUUUGUCCCUGCGACCACCACACAGGUAGAGAAUGUCCUCAACGCCCUGCGAGCCAGAUCAGGGAGCCUGGUGGACAUUGGGAGUGGCGACGGGAGGAUCGUGAUAGCGGCAGCAAGACGUGGAUUUCAAGCGUCAGGCUUAGAGUUGAACCCCUGGUUGGUGUGCUAUUCCCGCUACAAGGCCUGGAGAGAGGGCGUGCACCACUCCACCUCCUUUCACAUUUCUGACUUAUGGAAGGUCAGCUUUGCUCAGUACGACAAUGUUGUCAUUUUUGGAGUCCCUCAAAUGAUGGACCAGUUGGAGCUGAAGCUGGAAAAGGAGUUACCGAGCUGCGCCAAGGUGGUCGCCUGUCGAUUCCCCUUCCCCAACUGGGUUCCCGCACGCACAGCAGGGGAGGGUGUAGACACCGUGUGGGUGUAUGACGCCCGGUCAUUUCAAUCGCACAUGCAACUCGGCACCUCGGCCAGGACCACAAGACCAGUCCAGGGUGUACCCCGCCGACCAGUCCAGGGUGUACCCCGCCAUUCGCCCGAAGACAGCUGAGAUAGGCUCCAGCAUACCCGCGACCCUCAUGAAGAUAAGCGGUAGAAAAUGAAUAAAUGAAUGAAUGAAGUAAUUACUGCUAACAGGAAAGCGGAUUUCCUUUGCAAUAUCUUAUUGUUUAAUGCACACACAUGAAUAUCGUGACUAUACUUUGUAUAUACAGUCAUGGAAAAAAUUAUUAGAGCACCCGAAAGAUUACUCUGAACGCUCGCUUUCAGAUUUUUUUUCCAACCCCCGUCUCUUUGUGACGUCACAAUGUGCUGACCGUGAGUGCAAGCUGUAGGCCCAGCCUCCUGCUACACAGCUUUGUUGGCGAUAUCUAUUCUAUAUCUACCAAAGUCUUUUUAAACAUGGGUAGCCCCGCAAAAAAUGUUCAAUGACCACAUUUCCACUCCUUGUGUCGUGUCAAGAUUGUCUACGUUAUCACACGAGUCCAUCCACAGUGAGUCAGGGGUCUCCAGCCAGUAGCUGAUGAGCUACCAGUAGCUCCUAAGCACUUUUCCAGUAGCUCCCCAAAAUCUUUAUUCAUUUAUGAUCAACUCCUAUAUCCACUACAUUAGAAAGUGGGUUUCAGAAGUAGUCCAGAAGACCUUGGGAACACUUGGGAGUGUGACCAAUCGCAGCGAAGUGGGCGUGCCUGGAAAAGCUGUGGAAAAACAGCGGGAACAGGUGAAGAUUGUGGAAGAUCUAGAAAGCUUUGUGUGGGUUAUUGUGUGUAGCUGCUCUAUAGGAGUCCACAACUCAAUAUAAAGGGCCACAAUGAGCAUCAUAGGUCCCUAGAGAAGCAUUCUUAGAGCGCAUAGCACCAUUGUUCCCCUCCAUGUUGUGAUUCACAGCAAAAUAAUAAUUCUACUUUUAUGCUGAAAAAGGUCAAAAGAAUCCUUUACAAAAAAUCCUGGAUCCUGCAGAAGAUGACCCAGAUCACCCCUAAAAUGUAAUCAGUUUUUGCAUGUCCUAUUUCCCACAAUUCCUGAACAGCUCAUCCAGAUCCACGCAGAACUUUUCAAGUUCUUUGAACACAAACAGAUAAAACAUAACCUCUGUGUUGCACUUGGCACAAGUAAUAGUGUAGAUAUAUACUGUAUAGAGCAGGGGUCAGCAACCCACGGUUCCAGAGCCACAUGUGGCUUUUCAGCCUCUUUGUUGUGGCUCCCUUCGUAAUGCUCAAGUAUUUUUUUAACACCUGAAUGGGGAAAAAUAUGCAUCUUUGUUAUGAGUUAAAAUAAAAAUGAGUAAAAAUCUGACUUUCUGUGAGACCCUGAAUGAAUCUUGGCUGAGUUUGUGAUUGGAUGAGCUUGAGGAACGUGGUAAACUAACCAUGAACCCCCCCGCCAACCCCUCAAAAAAAGGAGCAUUGGAGUCUUCUCUGGCUUACAUUUAUGCUUCAUAUGUGGGGAAAAAUGUUCAUGUACUAAUGCUCUGUUAAAUGAAGUUAUGCUAAAAUCUAUUUAUGAGUGUCCUGCUGUUGAAACGACAUUAUGCUAACUCUGUUGGUACAUGUCACUUGAUUCAUAAAACCUCAGGAAUAGCAUUGUUCAUCCACCAGUAGACGGUAACCAUGGCUGGCAUUGAAUGACUUGAAUGGCAGUGAAUGAAUGAUCUUUGCUUUAUAGAUCUUUAGUGGUGGAUUUUAGCUUUUAUAUGCUUUUGAUCCUGGAUUUGAUCCCCUUUUAAAUCAAUUACCAGACCUCAUUCUUCGUGUGAUACACUCUUUAGUAGCCUUUUAAUAUCUUUGACCUGUGAGACAUUUCUAGAGGUGAAUGAACUUAUUGUCAAUAAGAAGCAAGGCAGUGCACUGUAAGGGGAAAAAGCUUUGUCCAUAGGUCGGGACAGGAAGUAAAGGGUGACUGAGACGAGAGCAAACAGACGCAAGGGAAGAUCCGUACAUUUCUGGCUGCCUGCAGUCAAGAAAUAGUGAUAUCUACAAGAGCUUAAUCACGUGAUGAGAUAUGUGUUAUUUGCAACUAGCAUGUGAGAUACUGAAGCUUGGCAAUGGCUGCUGUCUGCUCUGCAAGGGAUCCGAGUUGGAGGUAACAGGAUGUGUGGCUAUUUCCGACCAAUCCAAUUAUCUUUCAGCUAACGGUCUUAACAGUCUGUGUGGCCGAGGAAGGAUUAGCACAAUAUUAACACAUGUCAAUGAAAUCCCUCUAAUGACUUAUCACUGACAUGAUCCGGCUUCUUAUCUGAUCCGGGAUCAUACAGAACAUUUCUAUCAAGUCUGAUUUCAUGGACCGCCAUAGUCAGCUGUCCUUCUCCUAAAGAUGGUUGGUCAUCUUCUUCUUGCUUGAGGCCUUUCAUCUAAAGGGUUCCUCGGUUCCAAAUUUUGGUUGUAGAGAUCCCUCUGGUGGGAUGAUGUUGUAGGCAGUGAAAACGAUGGCUCGUGUACCUGGCUGGCAACAAGUUCUUAGUGGCAUUAUUCCCCAGGAAGGUGACCAUCUUCAGGGGAGAGACGUCAGGUCAUGACCUCCUCCUCCGUUCAAGGAUAGCCUAUCACGUUUGACGUGGAUGGCUUCUUCUCUUGCUGUCCUCAAAGGAAUGUCCCUCCCAGGCAGAUGCUUGGUCUAGCCUUAACAAACUGUGAGAAGAUCAGGAAUGCAUACUGUAGGAAUGUCCGACGUCAGGUGUCACCACACUUUGCCUCCUGUCUUUCCGUUUAGGACAUUUUCUUUUGUAUUUGCUUUUGUAAUAUUUUACCAAAUGCAUAAAUCAUACAAUCUGAUUGGAUCUUGUUCUUUCAUUGAGAUGUCUCUUGUAUUCCAUGUUGGGCAUCUACUGUAAAUAUAAACAAAAUAUAAAGAAACAUUUGAUACAAUUAUAUUUUUACAAUCGAAAUUGGUUUUGCGGGCUGCACGCUGAUCGAGUGGUUAGUGCGCAGACCUCACAGCUAGGAGACCAGAGUUCAAUUCCGCCCUCGGCCAUCUCUGUAUGGAGUUUGCAUGUUCUCCAUGUGCAUGCGUGGGUUUUCUCCGGGUACUCCGGUUUCCUCCCACAUUCCAAAAACAUGCUAGGUUAAUUGGCCACUCCAAAUUGUCCAUAGGUAUGAAUGUGACUGUGAAUGUUUGUCUAUAUGUGCCCUGUGAUUGGCUGGCCACCAGUCCAGGGUGUACCCCGCCUCUCGCCUGAAGACAGCUGGGAUAGGCUCCAGCAACCCCGCGACCCUCGUGAGGAUAGGCGGUAGAAAAUGAAUUAAUUAAUUAAUCUGUUUUGAGUUUGAGAAUUUGUUUGUUUGUUGAGUCCUUUGGGAGCUAAAAUAACCAAAAUAACCAAACCCAAAGAACCGGUUUCCAUCCCUGUGUGUCACUCCUGUGUUUCCCAGAAAUAUCCCACUUUUUCUUGGCCGGGGCAAGGAAUGCUAAAUGUUGACAGGUAUGUAAGUAUAUCAUACCUAUAUCAGGAGAUGAAGAGGCGUGGCUACUCUAUCCUGUAUGCAAAUGAAGUCACAUGGCUGUAAAAUCCACUUGAAGGUGUAGCAUUGGUUUUUGGGUUAGCGUGAUCAUUUCUUCUAUUGCCGCUGAUUACAUGACUUUGGAAGCGAAAGUCUGCUUGCUUUGAAAUAAAAUGUCGUUGUGAGGAAUGUUGCUGCAAAGAUGAAGAAGGAGGGCUGGAGCCACAUAGUAAAUCCGUGGAUUAGCCGUCAGUCUCCUCUGGCUUUCCAAAGGCUGAGUCCAAGAUUCCUCCAUGGGGACUUUGCAAUAUUCCAUCAAGAUUAUUAGGAGCUCCUUUUUCCAGAAGACGGUGACCUGAUGGUGAGCUGACCUGAGGGUCUUCAUGCCAUCUGUCAGCAUUUAAGGACCCAAGCGUGGCUGCGGGGACUCUUCAUCUUGGCUGAUGAGAAAUGGGACGUGUCAUAGCCGGCGUUUGGAGAGACUUCUGCUUUGGACUCUUGAUGGAUGAUUGGCAGAAGGUGCAGUGACGUCAUACUGUGAUGAGCCUCAUCCUCCACAAUGGAUGUGCUCUAGGUCCUGCUGGAGAUGCCCUGGUAUCACACCACAGUGCGAAGGCCUUAGUGGGGGGGAGGGAGGGAUUA